UGUGCGCGUGCCGUACACAAUAAAAUUCACCGCCACUACUACCAGUAAAAGGAUCGAUGAUUGCGCGUGUCUGUUGAAGACCGAGACAAGCAAGCCACCAAGAGGGUCUUCGCUGUUGUCGUUACCGGCUGAUGUCCAAUUUAAUCCGUCAGUUUUCGUAUAAUCUGCCGAAUGAACGGUUGCAUCUACAACCAUGAUCCGACAGGCCGGUAUCUGUUUGGUGCUAAUUCUCUGCGUGUCUGACGUUUUUCCGACCGAUAGAGUUUUCCGGCUACCCAAUAUUUCCCAAAUUGAUGACCAAGAACUCAAAAGCAUCGGAGUUGAUCGCUUUUUUUCCCUAUUCUCUGUUUUUACAAACGAUAAUGUGGUCGUUUCAGAUGAACAGUUUACAAUUUUUGCACCCAGCGGAAAUGUUAAUUCUCAAGAAAUGAGUGUUAUCGAAACGAAGGAACAACUCGAACAGCUUUUGCUUAAUCACAUCAUUCUUGGCUCAAGAAUAGAUCCUUCAAACAUAACCGACGGUAUCUACAAAACUGCUGGUGGACAACUAAUUCACGUCACAUCCAAAGACGGAAAGUUUCUUGCCAACUCAGCGGGAAUUAUCGAAUCAAAGGUUGUGUCUCCAAACGGAGUGCUAAUCGUCAUCGACAGCUACCUUUUCCUUGAUAAAUCGGAGCUAAACGAAGAGAUGAAAAACAAAACUCUGGAAAAACCCGCGGCUAUCCUUCCGUUAAUUAAAAGGAAGGAACAGGAUUCGAAAACACCGGAAGGAACUGCCAGUUUUAUGGAAAACGUGUUACAAGUUCUAUCCUAUCUUAAAAGUGGAGUUCGAGUGUUUCAUCACUUUUUAUCACGGUCUAACGUGUCGAAGCUCAUCAAAGAAGAUGAGGAAUACACUGUACUAGUGCCAACAGAUCAUGCUUUUCACAGAUGGCACCCCAUCGAUUGGGGGUUUUAUCCGUUUAGCGUACCAGAAUUUACAGAAAAUAUUAUUAUGAAUCAUUUUGUGAAGGGAAAUUAUAGACAAGAAAUUAUACGCGAUGGAGACGUAUUGAAGACUUUAGGCGAUCAAGAUCUUCUAUUCAGAAAAAAUCCUACACUAACUGUUAACGGGAUUCUUGUCGUAAAAGGUGAUACGCCUUUAAAGAAAGGAAACAUCAUGUUCAUAGCUGAGGUGCUAUUCGUCAAUGAAUCCGUCGUCUCCCGUCUACAUCAACAGCACCGUGACAAGGAGACACCACCAUUACUAGCAUUCCCUUGGUUUGGUGCACAAUUUCUAUCUCAUGCCUUUUUAGCACUCGAACGUGACAAUAGGUUCAAACAGAUAACGAGAUUUUUAAAUCUGGCAGACUUAGCGCCUCACGUCUCAGGAACUGGAUAUACUUUUUUCGUUCCCACCGAUAAAGCCUUCGAGGAGUUGGGACUCGAUAAAAUGCCAGACAAUUAUCUAUCAAACAGCGAAGGCCUCCAAAUACUACUUAAUCAUUUCGUAAAGGGAAGACUCUACGACAAGGACCUCAAGGAUAGUUCCGCAAUUCAAACUUUGGGCAACAAAUCAAUAAUCAUUAGCAGAGAAAAUGGUCGUCUUACUGUAAACAAUGCAACUGUUAUCGAAAGUGAAGUCUUCGUAUACAACCUGGGAACAAUGUAUUACGUUGAUAAACUUCUUUUUAUAAACAAAAAUUUAUUAUCUGGUACAACUACUACAAAAUUGUCGGCUACAACACAAUCGUCAUCUACAUCGACUGCGGUUGAUACAAUAACCGAAGAAACAUCAUCAGAUGCACCCGAAUUGUUCACAACUUCGGUUAGUGACGCUUUUACAAUGGACCCGGACUCUGUCACUAUAGAACCUUCCGGGAUACUAAAUGUUACACAGAAAUAAAAAGGAUAACUUGGAAUGUAGAAUCAGAAAUGUCAUUAUGCAUAUCACCCUUUCCUAUAAAUGGUAAACUUCAUUCGGAUGCUCGUGUGGAAAGAAUUGAAUAUUAUGUUCUGAUGAAAUUUAACAGUGGAAAGAUUAUGACUGAAGUUCACUGCGCAUUACUCAUAAUUAUAUAUUAUGGAAAACAGAUAUAUAUUUGAUAAAGGUCUAGAUGAUGGGGGGGGUCGAAAGAGGAGGUCUUCUCUACCACUGUACCAUAAAAAGUUCGUGGCGGUCUAACCCCCAUAAGAAGUUAUGGGUGUUAGAUGAUGGGGAGAUCGAAAGAGGGUGGUCACCUGAGUAAAACCUCAUUAAAAAUUUUCGGCGGUCUCACCCCCAUAAAAAAUUA